AUGUCAGCCAAUCCAGGUGCACUCAAACGGAAGCACUCGGGCAAGACGAUCAAAGAGCUCUUUACCACACAAUCCAAGCCAAAGCUCGCCUCCGCAGCGCCGCUAUCACCCACUAGCAAGCGCACACGACGAGACAGCUCUCCGAUCCCCACCACCGAGAUCGCCACACCCCCAGCGCCGAUUACCAAGAUGAGCACAGCCGAGAUGUAUCACUUCCCCAGCAAGAAGGCGGGACUAUCGAGCAAUGCCGACGUGGUAGACAUUACGUCAAGCCCCGACAACAGCCCUGCCAAAGCCAACGGGCAACGGAAUGGCAUGCGCAAAGCAGCGCCCAACAUGCAUGCCAACAACGGUCCCAAGCGAUUGGUGGUGAAGAACUUCAAGCCCACGAGGAAGGUGGACCCCAGGGUCUUCCUGGACCAAACAUGGGCGAAGAUCGAGAAGGCUCUGGACACUAUCUUUCGGCAAGGGGAUGUUGACUUCAGUCUGGAAGAACUAUACAGAGGUGUAGAGAAUGUAUGUCGGCAAAAUAUGGCGAAAGACAUCAAAGAACGUCUGAUUGCGAAAUGCAAAGACUACGUGGGUGGAAGUUUGAAGGUGAAGGUCAAGGAGAGUCUGGGAAGGCCAAACGUCGAUGUAUUGCGGGCAACUCUACAGGCGUGGGCAGUGUGGAACAGCCAAAUGAAAUACCUUGACUGGAUCUUCUGCUAUCUCGACCGCGCCUACCUACUCCCACGACACGAAUCCCUCCGCGAAAUCUCGAUCAGCCUCUUCCGCUCCCUCAUCUUCGAACAUUCCAAAUUGAACCCGCGCAUUGUCGAUGGUGCCUGCGAUCUCGUCGCCAACGACCGGACGGGUGGUGACCUGGACAGCGAGAUGUUCUCCAAGACGGUCAACAUGUUCCACGACAUGCAAGUCUACACACGCUCCUUUGAGCCGCGCUUGAUGGAGAUCAGUCAGGAAUACGUUGCGAAGUGGGCAAACACAGAGAGUUCUGAAAAGUCACUACCCGAAUACGUCCGCAAUUCGAAAGCACUCAUGGAUCGCGAGAUGAAGAGGGUCGACAUGUUCAGCCUCCCAAACACCACCAAACGAGAGCUCCUCACCUUAUUUGAGGACCACUUGAUAUCGAAGAAGGAGGAGCGACUGACCAAUCAAGACGAGCUUGCGGAUCUUCUCGAGACCAACGCCAUUGAAGAUCUUGAACUACUGUACACAUUACUAGAACGGAGGAAACUUGGCUCAAAGCUACGGCCAGGGUUCACAAAGUGGAUCGAGGACGAAGGCACAGCUAUAGUGUUUAACGACAAGGAGCAGGAUAACAUGGUGAUACAACUGCUCACAUUGAAGCGCCAGUUAGACACAUUGUGGAAAGCAUCUUUCCACCGAGAUGAGGAGUUGGGUCACGGUUUGCGAGAGUCGUUUGACAAGUUCAUGAACAAGACAAAGAAGACGAGUGCAAGCUGGGGCACGGACAACUCGAAGACUGGCGAGAUGAUCGCCAAGUACGUGGACAUGCUGUUGAGGGGAGGCGCAAAAGCGAUACCAGCACAGCUUAGCCGCAAGGCAGACAAGCCCGCCGCUGUAGAAGUCGAAGAGGAUAACGAAGAAGGUGUUUUCGAUGAAGAUACAGAAGUCAAUAAUCAGCUCGAUCAGGUUCUCGAUUUGUUCCGCUUCUUGCACGGCAAGGCUGUGUUUGAAGCUUUCUACAAGAAAGAUCUGGCCCGACGACUGUUGAUGGGCCGAAGUGCCAGUGCGGACGCUGAGAGAAGCAUGCUGUCGAGGCUGAAGAUUGAAUGUGGUGCCGGCUUCACCGCCAACCUCGAGCAGAUGUUCCGCGACAUCGAACUUUCACGAGAAGAGAUGAGUUCGUACAAGAAUAUCAGUGAGGAGCGCAACGAAAAGCUCAGCCUGGAUCUCAACGUCAACGUCCUCUCGGCAUCAGCUUGGCCUACAUAUCCCACGGUCCCUGUGAUUCUGCCUCCGCAGAUCCAGUCCGCGAUCAACAAGUUUGAAGCACACUACAAAGUCAAGCAUUCUGGUCGCAAGCUGGAGUUCAAGCACGCGCUCGCGCAUUGCCAGAUCAAAGCCAGGUUUCCCAAGGGACUCAAGGAGUUGGUCGUGUCGUCCUUCCAGGCUAUCGUUCUUUUGCUCUUCAACGGCCGAGCGGACGAUGAGCACAUCGACUACGAGUAUCUCAAACAAGCCACUGGACUACCACCGGCUGAGCUUAACCGCACUUUACAAUCCCUAGCCUGCGCAAAAGUCCGGCCAUUGACCAAGCACCCCAAAGGCCGAGAGAUCAACGAAACUGACACCUUCACACUCAACGCGUCAUUCACAGACCCCAAGUACCGUAUCAAGGUCAACACCGUCCAGCUCAAGGAAACAGCAGCCGAGAACAAGGAGACCCACGAGCGUGUCGCUGCUGAUCGCAACUACGAGACCCAAGCUGCCAUUGUCAGAAUCCUUAAGGCAAGGAAACGAAUCAGCCAUGCGGAAUUGGUCAGCGAGACAAUCUCGGCGACGAGAAAUAGGGGAACAUUGGAAGUCAGCGGCAUCAAGAGAAACAUCGAUCGAUUGAUCGAGAAGGAAUUCUUAGAAAGAGAAGACGACGGACUGUAUGCUUAUAUUGCUUAG